AUGUCUACUCAUCACGCAAUCAUCGCUACCGGCAUCAAAGAGCCAUUGACGCUCCAGCAAGUUUCUACUGCUACCCCAAAGCAGCAUGACAUUCAAGUUCGAGCAGAAUGGAUACCAUCUGCACCACUGGAUGUUUUCCAGGUUGAUGCCGGCUUGAUGGCUCAGUUUCCUUUACGUCUCGGUGACAGUGUUGCCGGAACUGUAGUCGCAGUCGGUUCCAGCGUCCACCGCCUCAAGGUCGGCGACCGAGUAUUUGGAUUCGUCUUCCACACCCAAGAGGAAAAGGGUCAACAGAUUUAUGUGACUGCACCCGAACAUCUCUUUGGAAAGAUUCCAGACGAAGUCUCCCUUGCCGCUGCAGUUACCAUUCCCACGAAUUUUGUGACCGCUUUCCAUGCUCUGUCAGAAAAGUUUGAGAUUCAGCUGCCAUGGCCCUGCCCUCAAGGCUUUGUGUCUCACAACCACGAAAUUCCGAUCCUGAUCUGGGGUGGUGGUAGCUCAGUUGGUCAGUUUGCGGUCCAGAUUCUGAAGUACUGGGGAUACAAGAAUGUCAUCGUCACUGCAUCCCCCAAGCAUGAAGGGAAGCUCAAAAGAUAUGGUGCAGCCCAUGUCAUUGAUUAUCGCAGCCCUGAUGUUGUGGAUUCUAUCGUGGAUCUUUUGAACGCAAACAAACCUUCCAAGGCUAUUCGUGUUUUUGAUUGCGUUGACUCUAAGUUCGGCUCCUUGCUUCCUAUCUCACAGAUUGCGAACCAAGCAGGCUCCAAGGUUGCAGCUGUUCUACCAGUUGUAAUCAAUGGUCCGUCUGAUGAGAACGGACUGCAGCUAUCUGCUGAUGUCUCUAAGGAGGCAGAUUGGGUACCAGGUGUUGAAGUCCAUAGCAUUGUCAGCUACACCUAUGAAGCGAAUGCCUUUCUGAAGGACAAUCUCAUGCCGGAUAUUUUGCCAACUCUCCUUUCUCAAGGGGCAAUUGAACCAAACAAACAACGAGUCAUUGAAGGUAACACCUUAUUAGAGCGAGCUAGCACUGCUCUGGAUAUUAUGAGAAGUGGCACCGUCAGUGGGGAAAGACUCGUCUGGAAGGUGUGGACUGCUGAAGAGUUCCCGGAGUACCAGUAA